AUGGCUUCUCGUCUACCCACCAUUCCUCGGUUGGUCUUUACCGUCUUUGAGCCUCUCAGCUUGCUCGCAGGCUGGGCCGGAGCAACCCUCAACCCGGCAUGGUUUGUCACAGAGCAGACAUCCACUGGCCUGUCGUCUGCGGUGGACGAUAAUGCCAGACUGGUCGCCCUCCAGCUGGGAAAUACAUACGGGCUAGUAUUCCUGGUCGCCUCCGCCGUGCUGUACACGACAUCCGAGAUCAAGGUCGUGCGCAACUAUUUGAUCGCCUGUUGGAUCGCCGAUAUAUCACAUGUCUAUGUGUGCUAUCAUGUCCUGGGCUGGGUGAGGUUUGCGAACGUGGCUGGCUGGAAUAGUAUGACCUGGGGAAAUGUUGGUGUGACGACUAUGUUGUGUCUGACGAGGACAGCGUAUCUUUUGGGCUUCUUUGGACCAGAUGUGCCCGUCGCGACUCAGAGGAAGCUUCAGUGA